AUGUCGCACAUCCACAACAUCUACAUCUACAUAAUCCUAAUAUCAAUCUUCUGCCUCUCAAUCACAAAAGCCCAAGUGGAACCAUACACAUCCUCGGCUCACCAUCCGAGAGCGAUCAUCGCAGAUCGCCAACCCAAACAACAUAAACAUGAACAUGGUGCAGCCCGCCGAACAAUAAUAACAGCAACAAGCACCACGACGACCUCCAUGCCAGAGCCCUACGACACCCUCGCCUACAACUUCGCCAACACAACCUCCUGCCAAAAUUUCUACAAAACCUGGCGCGCAAACAGCACAAUAACAAAUUGCCACGCCAUCUCCCUCCUCCUCGAGAACUCAAACGCCUUCUUCCACACCCUCUCCUCAGCAACCAGCACCUCCCGUGUUCUUGACAUCGCCUGCGCCGCCAACGCCGCAACCUGCAGCACAAUCAUGACCAAUCUAGCCGCAGACCUAAUCAAGCCCUCGAACUGCGGCGCCGACUACGCAAACAACAACGCCGUCGUCAAAGGCACCUACCGCGACCUCGUAGCCUACGAACCCAUGUACCGCGCGACGUGUCUGACGAACCCGCAGACGGAGAGCUACUGCUUUGCGGACGCGGCGACGAACACCUCCUCGCCGGCUGACUACGAUGUGUAUUUCAUGCCGCUGGGGAGUGCGCUGGGUGGCGGCUCGACGCCGUCGUGUACGCUGUGUUUGCAGGCUACUAUGGAGGUUUUUGCGCGGUGGGCAACGGUUAAUGGGCAGGCGCUUGAUAGGACGUAUUUGCCUUCGGCGAGGGUUGUUAAUGCGCAUUGUGGGGAGGGAUUUGCGAAGACGAAUGUUACGGUUGGGGUGGAGGUUGUUGGGGGGAGUGAGAGGGUGGGGGUUUCUGGGGUGGGGGUUUUGACAGUAGCUGUCUUGGUGUCGAUGGUGUGGCUGGUUUAG